AUCAUCACAUGUUUGUGUUGGAACAGGAAGAGUAUAAGAGAGAGGGUAUUAAUUGGGAUUUCAUUGAUUUCGGAAUGGAUUUGCUCGCGUGUAUUGAACUCAUUGAAAAGCCGAUGGGUAUUCUGUCGAUCUUAGAGGAAGAGUCUAUGUUCCCGAAGGCCAGCGACAAGACGUUUGAGGAGAAGUUGAAAACCAAUCAUUUGGGCAAAUCUCCCAACUUUGUGAAGCCGAAGCCGCCGAAGCCGGGCUGCCAGGAGGCGCACUUCGCGAUCGUGCACUACGCGGGUACUGUGCCCUACAACGUGACAGGGUGGCUCGAGAAGAACAAGGAUCCCCUCAACGACUGUGUUGUGGAUCAGUUCAAACACGGCUCGAAUACACUGAUUCAGGCCAUCUUCGAAGACCAUCCCGGCCUCGGAGGCGGUGAUGACGGAGGAAAGGGUGGCAAAGGAGGCGGACGUAAGAAGGGUUCCGGUUUCCAGACUGUGUCCGGAUUGUAUCGGGAACAACUAGGUAAAUUAAUGACGUCCCUGGGUAGUACUCACCCGCACUUUGUGCGCUGUAUCAUACCUAAUGAGAUGAAACAACCAGGUGUGAUUGACUCCCAUCUGGUUAUGCAUCAGUUGACAUGUAAUGGUGUACUCGAAGGCAUCCGUAUCUGUCGUAAGGGAUUCCCCAACAGAAUGUUAUACCCGGACUUCAAACAACGAUAUACUAUAUUAGCGGCGGCAUCAGUUCCACCAGGUUUUGUCGACGCCAGACAGGUUGCCGGCAAAGUAUGCGAAGCCAUUGAAUACACAAUACUAGCGGCGGCGGCCGUUCCCAAGGGUUUCGUUGACGCCAAAGCGGUGGCCGAAAAGGUUAUCGAAUUCAUUCAAUUGGAUGAAAAUGAUUUUCGAUUCGGUUCUACAAAGGCUAGUACUAUAUGUCCUCAACCAUCGGUUUAUUUAUACACAAUCCUGGCCCCGACUAUCCUUCCCAAAGGAUUUGUUGACGCAAAAGUAGCCACAGAAAAGUUAGUCAAAGCCACUAACAUAGACGAGGGGGAGUACCGACUUGGAAAUACCAAGAUCUUCUUCCGCGCGGGAGUGUUGGGACGUCUGGAGGAGAUGAGAGACGAGCGGUUGGGAAAGAUCCUGACAUGGCUUCAGGGAUGGAUCCGCUGGUAUCAGGUGAAGAAGAGCUUCAAGAAGCUUCAGGAACAGCGAAUCGCUCUUCUCGUCAUUCAACGAAAUUUGCGCAAAUUCUUGACUUUGAGGAACUGGUUGUGGUGGAAGUUGUACUCCAAAGUGAAGCCACUGUUGAAUGUGGCGCGAGUUGAGGACGAACUCAAAGCACUGGAAGAUAAGCUG